CGUGAAUCCAACGGAACGUCUCUUUCAGUACACCCCGGUCGAGCCGGCUGCACACAGGCUAUCGAGCACUAGCCUUUCACUGACCCAUGUCAUACGCCGACCCGAUGUCCGCUCGCUUAGCCAAACGCCACGCUUCCCUCUACUGCUGCUUUAAUGCCUAUUCACGGCACUCUCUCCCACCCGACCUCACUGCAGAUGUACUAGACUCAAUUGCUCGCCCCGUUAGACACUCUCAAUGGCACUUCGCAUCCCAGGGAACCGCGUGCCUCGCGCCGGCCGCUCCAUCAGCGAACGCACGCAAUAAAGAUACGGAUAGACGCCAUGGUGCGUCAGCGCGAGAAAAGCUUCCACUGUUCAUUGCGGGGAAGACACACUAGCGCCGCUCUCUAUCCUGACCGCCAUGGUCGCCGCGAAGACAGAGGAGACGACGUCGACUGGGAGCGGUGCGGGUUUGGAUCGCAAGGGCAGCAAGGAUAGCGCGCGCGCCGCGUCGUCGAAGCCGGGGGACGAGGAGUCGGUGACGGUGGAGGCGGCGGAGGAAGAUGUGUUCGGAGGCGACUCGAUCGACCCGGUAUACCUUGCGAAGGCGCAUGUUCUGAACCGUGCGCUGCAGGAGAUCGGGAUGGGGAGGUACAACUGGAUGAUCUUCGUGGUGACGGGCUUUGGGUGGCUAGCAGACAAUCUUUGGCCGAUCGUCACCGGCCUCAUCCUCACACCCGUUGUGAACGAGUUCGUCUUUGAUGGGCCGUUCCUUAAGCUAGCCCAGAACAUCGGGCUGCUCGUUGGUGCAGUGUUCUGGGGAGUCGGAGCCGAUAUCUGGGGAAGGAGAGUCUCCUUCAACAUCACCCUCUUCAUCACCGGCGCCUUCGCACUCGCAGCAGGCGGGUCAGCGAACUACAUCGCACUCUGCUCCCUGACUGCAGUCUGGUCGGUCGGCGUCGGUGGCAACCUCCCUGUUGACUCAGCGAUAUUUUUGGAAUUCGUACCCGCCUCACACCAAUACCUUCUCACCGUCCUGUCGAUCUGGUGGGCCUUCGGGCAGCUCUUGGGAUCUCUGGUCGCCUGGCCCCUCAUCGGCAACUACUCCUGCGAGGUCCCCGAGUCCGGGCCCGCCAACUGCCCCCGCAGCGCGAACAUGGGCUGGCGGUACUUCCUCUUCGCCAUGGGCGGGCUCAUGAUCGUCCUCUGGGCUAUCCGCUUCUUCCUCUUCAAGCUCUAUGAGAGCCCGAAGUGGCUGAUGUCGCAGGGGGAGGACGAAAAAGCCGUUCGCGUCAUCCACCAGGUCGCCGCGCACAGCGGCAAAACGUCCAAUCUGACCCUCGAGGAGCUCCGCGCCGCGGGCGACCUCUACGCGGGCAAGGGGAGAGACCUCCACGCGGGCAGAGGCAAGGACGUCCCCUCCACACCGCGUCGGCCGACAGUCAUGGGCGCGAUCCAAGCCAACCUGGCGAAGUUCAAGGGCGCGAGGGUGAAACCGCUCUUCGCGACGCGCAAGCUGGCGUGGUCAACGGGGUUGUUGAUAUUUUUGUGGGGUAUCAUUGGAUUGGCGUUCCCGCUGUACAACUCCUUCGUCACGUACUACCUCGCCACCCGCGGAGCGACUUUCGGUGAUGGAAGCGUCUACAUUACCUACCGGAACCAAGUGAUACUCAGCGUGCUCGGAGUGCCCGGGGCGCUGCUCGCGGGCUGGAUGGUCGAGCUUCCGCUACUUGGGAGGAGGGGGACGCUUUCCAUUUCGACGCUCCUGACGGGAGUGUUCAUCUUGGCGUCUACGACGGCACGCUCUUCGGACGUACUCCUUGCCUGGAACUGCCUCUACAGCUUCUUCAGCAACAUGAUGUACGGAGUCCUGUACGCUCUCUCGCCCGAGCUCUUCCCCACGAAAGAGCGCGGCACCGGAAACGCGCUCACUGCUGCUGCGAACAGAGUCUUCGGAAUCAUGGCGCCGAUCAUCGCACUCUACGCCGAUCUUACGACGUCGGUGCCCAUUUUCAUCUCUGGCGCUCUCUUCCUCGUGGCCGGCUUCGUUGCGCUACUGCUGCCUUUUGAGUCCAGGGGCAAGGCAUCCAUAUAAAACGAGCACCGCUUUAUGUCAAAAAAGUCGGCUUCGAGCCGCUGCCGUUCAGACGCCGUCUCGUCCCCCCUAUUUAUUCUGCAGUACCCAUGUCGAUUCCGCUGUGUUUCUUGAGGUCCAAAUGCUAAUAUUGUCGUGCUUUGUCCGUGCCCGAAU